GAUCCUCAUCUUCAAUGGGAAGCUGCCCUGAGGGAUCCCAAGAUUCUGCGGCCACUAAUGGUGGACGUGGGCUUAAUUGUCCUCUUCAUCCUGCAGCACAGUGUCAUGGCUGCUCAGCAAGUCAAACACUGGAAGAAGUUGUUACAGAGAUCUUUCUAUGUCUUCUGCACAGCGCUGACUCUCCAGCUGCUGAUGAGGUACUGGCAGCCUGUGCAGGAUGCUCCUGUGCUCUGGAAUACGAGCAGGGAGCCGUGGGUCACUUGGGUCCCUCUCAUGUGCUUCAUCCUCCACUUCAUUGCUUGGCUGGUCAUCUUUAGCAUCCUCCUCAUCUUUGACUACGCAGAGCUGAUGGGGGUCAAACAGGUUUACUACCACUGCCUGGGCAUGGGGGACCCUUUGGCUGUGAAGUCCAUGCGUGCUGUCCACCUCUUCUCCUACCUUUGCCAUCCAGUGUACCGGAGGUUUCUCCUCGUCCUGUGGGCCGUUCCCUGCCUCUCCCUUGAACGCCUGCUCCUCGUGUUGCUCUUCACGGUCUACAUCACCUGCGCCCACAACCUCGACCAGCAGGACUACCUCUACCUGCAAGCUCAGCUGGACAAGAAUGGCCCCUCCGUCCUUAAGAACUGAACUGGUGUGGCCCCAAUUUUAUAUGUGGGUGCUGGUGUCCUAGUAUAUUGGGGCCUGAGAGCCUGGUACCUUGCACUCUUCCAUGCUAAGCACUGAACGAUGAAAUGUGCCUUAUAUCUCCUUUUGCUUUUACGCACUCGGGACUUGAGUGGUCUAUAAAUGGGACCUAAGAGUUCUGGCUUCCAGCAGGCCUACUUUGCUACAACUCUUAAAACACAUAUAAGGAGUUCUAUAUGGUGAU